GAGCAGGAAAGUUGGCAAGACAAUCAUAAUGAUCAAGGAAAACAUGAGACGAUUCAGGCCCUGGUAAACCAUUGUGUAAGCAAUGGGAUGUAUUACUGCUUGUCGGAUACUGAGAUUCUUCAAAGAAACUAACAAGAAUGUACAGCUGCUGCUGCAGUUGCUUGGGUUGGCUAGUGGCAACAAAAUAGAGAAAGUAGGGGCUGAGAAGACCGUUAUGACUGAGACUCACAGAACUUUAUCAUAUCAGAAUGUGGCACGACGAGAGCGCACACUAAGCAGAAGUACCAUUGGUAGCAGUUACAGUAGCUACAGUAUGAUGUCUCUUGAGGAAGAUCUUGGAAUGUAUACAUCAGCUUUAAUCAAAGUUGCCUCUGAACUAACAGUGGGCAAGAAAACUGCUGAACGAAUUAUUAUGUUGUAUAAAGUUGCAGCAUCUUUGGAUCUGUCAUUUAUUUAUCUUGUACAUCAUCGUAAUCCUGUAACAAUUGUGUCAAUGGUGCUGCGUUUGAAAAGGAGUGGCGUCAUGCAGUUGGCUCGGGACUUGAUUCAUGCUCUUCCUGUACCUCAGAGUACCAUCAUUAAUUUUCUUUGUGAAGAAGCUGUAGCAACUAUAACUGCUGGCCCUGAUAUACCAGGGACUACUCAAAGAGAUCGAAUAUUACUCUGGGAUGAGUUGGAGGCACAGUGGCGGGACCUGAUCACACUGUGUGAGGAUCCUUCAGCAUUAGGUAAUCAGUUGCUUGAUGUUGGCCAACGCAUGGGAUCAUCACACCCAGACCAGGUGGAGAAAGUACAUAGCAUGAGUGUUGAACUGGUAAUCCGAGCUCAUGAUUGCUUCACUUCUGCAUCCAGCAUGGAAGGAAUUGGCACAGUAUUACGGACAGCAUUAUCUCUCACCACAUCACUCAUACAGCACUCACAGUGGUCACUAAUGGUGCGUCUUCUUGUUGGGGUAAGAAGAUACAGUGAGAUGUCAUAUAUUAUUGAUGCUCUAAGGGAACAUGAUCAGUUUGAGCAUUUGCUGGGGCGUGGCUCUGACCCAAAAGGAAAGGAGACAGGACUGGACCGGGCCCUCGUCCACUACCUCCACUCCAAGUACCCUCAGGAUGCAGACACACUUAGACUUGUUGCUCUACAUUUUCUUCUGUAUUCUGAGGUUGCUGAGAUGUGGGUAGCUGAUGCAGAAAAAGCAGUGGAGCAGGCAUUAGAAGCUACUAUUGACUUGGGCAUAUCAUGUAGUACCAUCAGCAACAUAAGUUCCUCAACCAAGUCGACUCCUAAUAAGGUUUACAUACAGCGAGAAACUAUUCCAAGAUUAUCCUCUUUAGUCAAAGGGGUUACUCCAGGUUUCCAGAUUGCUGAUGAUUUCGAGCCAGAGUAUCUGUAUAAUGCCAGUAUAGAUCUACUCACUCAGGCCAUGCACAGCUAUGCUCAUGCUGCUCAAUAUUACAUGCAGGACCAGCAACUGGCAACAGCUGUUGAGUACAGUCGUCAUGCUGAACUUGUAGCACUACAAACAGCCCAUGUUAGAAGAAGUGCUACUGGCUCAUCUUUGAGGCUCCUUAGGCUGACCCCUGCAGCAGUAAAAUAUAUAACCACAAGACUUCUUAGUGUGUGUGAAGCUCAGCUGGUGGGACGUGCCUAUAGCUUUACUGUGGACUGGGGCACAGCUCUCUACCAACAAUAUGUUAAGAAUGGUGAUGAAUCAUAUCUUACUGAUUAUCUGGCCACUUUUAAACUUUCUCCGGAAAUCAUGCUCGAGGUAGUGAAGAAAUUGGAACAUGAUGGUAUAACAAAGGACCGUCGAGUACGGGUAGCAUCCAUGCUGGUUCAUGUUGAAGAAUCUGAUAUAGUUUAUCGAGUAGCAAGUCAGCUUGGUCUCAAAAGUACUAUAGAUAAAUGUCUAGCUUCAGCUUAUGUGCCAUAUCUUAAAGAUACUAUUUUUGUAAAGGGAUGUACUUUCAAUGAUUGAAAAGGAUAGCUAUUUAACCAUACUGUAGUUACCCUACUAAUUCAUCUGUUUACAAUGUAAGGGAAGAUAUUAUCAGUAAUAGUAAAACUGUACCAUUUUA